GGAGACUUCGAAACUUGUUUUGGUGUGGAAAUUGUCAACUGAUUCCGAAAUCAGUCGGCGGUAAAAGUUCUACUUGGCCUGCCUAAAUAUUUGGAGACUUUACGCUGCUGUAUCUGUGAUAAUUUGACGUGGUUUUGUAAACUGAUUUUCACAGCCAGUGGCUUGGAUUAAUUUAAGCGGAUAUAAAAUGGUGGACACUGCAGUGAGACCUCGUCCUAUGGGCGAUCUGCGCCUACAUUUACAAACGGACACAAAUGCCGGACCCAACAGUAUCGAGCAAGUUGUGCUAAACCGACGCCAGCGACAGAUGAAAUUCCCUCAACUUCGGGGUCGCUGGGACGUGGACAGCUUUCAGUGGAAAUCCAGUCCCAACUUAGUGAAGUACCACGACGACACGCUGGCCCCGCUGCGGGACAACGUGCCCGUCAUCGACCCCGUCUCGGGUUUCGUCUCGGCCGCUACAGAUGUGGACCGCAACACGGGCGUGGACCGCAUGCCGUCCAUGCAGCAGAUAGACAAUACCCCGAACACGGUGACACCCCUGUCCCCUCGUCCAACCACAACCAAAGCCCACAGAGAGAAGGAAAAAGACAGAAUUAGGGGGACAUUUGUGCCAACGAAACCCGACACUCCGCAGUUUUCCAGGGCCAGAUCCAACCCCGAAAUGAGACUGGUCAAAAGCGAGUCAGAUGUGACACACAUAUUGAAUGAUCCUGGAACAUGGGCGGGCAGGAAAAUUAGUGAUGGCUUCAUCAGAGCAAAGUUGGGAGGAUGGACAAGCGCAGUUGACCCAAGAGAAGCCUCUAAGGAGCAAGAAAGAAUUUGGAAGCAGCUUCACGAGCGCAACAUCAAGGGACAAAUGAGUGCUGUUGACAAAUCUCCCAACUGGAAAGACGAGGCUGCCUUGCGAUACAUUUACACAUCAGCUGCCCAAAGAGCCUCCAAGGAUGUUGACUGGGACAGCAAGUUGGCCCCUAAGAUUCUCCCUCCAGCCUCCACUGUGGAAUCCCAAGCAGACCCUGUAUCUCACUGCUUCACCGACAACAAGAGAUAUGAACCAAGUGCUGCAGCCUGGCAGAAUCUUGGAAGAUCCUGGGACUGGUUCCAGACAAGAGAUGGACAUCAUAUACGAGGGCCAAUAGCAUUCUGUAGCCCCCACAGGAAGAACAAGCAGAUUCCUAACUACACUGGUUGUAUAGGAGGAGAAGGCGAGAGAGAAGACCAUCACAAGUUCUUCAUACCGACUACCGUGCUACGAAGUCUGGUACCCAAAUACACCGACACUGCCAGGCGCGCUAAUAUUCCAGGCUACACUGGAUGCACCCACUGGAUGAACACUGAACCAGCCAAUGUGAAUGUCAGCAUACCACAGCCGCAAACCACUGCCAGAGUCCACAGGAGUCUGCCAUCAGAACGGAACAUGUCGCCACACAAGCGCACCUCACGCAUGUCGCGCAUGAUCACAUUGGUGCCUCCAGGAAACCCAUUCAACACCAUCGAUAAAGACGGGAGAACACUGGAGCAGUAUCACUGAACGCGACAUCAAAGUUUCAACAAUAAGAAGAACAUCAUCAAGUCAGCAGAGUUGGCACGUGGGCUACAUGCAGCGGCAAAGUUAAAGUAGUUGUGUGAUCAUGGGUUGUGGCAAUAAAUUUGUUCAGUUAUAGUACUGGGGGAAUUUGAAAAGGAAUUUCGAAAACUGAGAAAGGAUUGUGAUUAGAGAGAUUUAGAUUGAGAGGGAUAUCUGCAACUAGGAGGAUCAUGGUAAAAUCCCUAAAUAAGAUGUUCUACAUUCUAAGCUGUGUUGGGAUGAAGUGUAACGAUAUAUUUGACCAGUGAUAGAACUUCAAGAGAAAUGAGAACGAAUUUAGAGAAUUGUGAUAUAAUAACGGUAAACGAUAAACGAUAGCAAUUAUGACUAUGCCGUGUUGUAUGUGAGUGGUAGCUGAUGACAGUGGUGAUAAUGAUUGUUGGCGAUUUGUUACAAUUUUGACGUUGUAAUAAUGACAAUGAUGGUGAAUAGUGUUGCUGAAUGUAAUGAUAGUGAUUGAUGAUACAGUGUGGAUGAGCUUUGAUGCAAUGAGGGUUUUUGUGCAAAAAUGUUUGACUUCAAAAAAAUAUAGAUAUUAUUAUUUUCGUAAAGAAUGUGAUUUAUUCAACACAAUAGAUACAAAUGAGUUGAUAGCAGCGCCAGAUUGUUUUAAUAUGGCUCUGUGGAUUUUUGACAUCAUGCAUUCUAAUUUAUAAGCUUUGCUGUGCUGAGACCUUUAAGAUACACUAUAAGAGGUGUCCGGUUUAACAUUUCACGGGAAUUGGGACUAGUUUAGAUAAGUACUGCACAGGCAAAUGAUAAAACCACCGAUUUUUGAUGGCAGUUUCAAGUAAUUGUGAACCUC